AUGGCGACUUCCAGCAGAUACCCCCCGACUUCCAACCCGCAUCAGCUACAGCAGGCGCAACUGCAGGGACAACAGCAAUACCAACAGUACCAGCAGCCACAAGCGCCCAUCGCGCUUGCCACUCAGACAAAGGCCCGCCCAGCGAGUUCCCAACGCAAAUCGAGAGCCUUCAGCUUCAGAUCCCACAAGUCUCAAGACUCCGGAGACCAAAGGCUUGACUUGCACGAGACCAGUGCCGAAAAGGACGCCAAACGGUUACAUACAAAAGCCGACCCUACGUUAGCCAUGAACGAGGCAGAGCCAUCCGAGGUGGCCGCGCAUGUCAAGACAUCGCUCGCUUCUUUGCGGAACAUCCAACACAAAGAUGCAUUUGGAAAUCCAAUCUCCGACCCCGAUCGUUCAAAUCCCACCCGCAGUCGUUGGGAACGGCCCUUGGAUACCAUUCGGAGUUUCGAGGCCGCCAUUGAUGGAGCGUACAGCAAUCGUAGGUCAAUUUACCGCUCAGAAUCGGAGUCAACAUAUGGCAAUAACAGCAAACGAAAUAGUUAUUAUGGCACAAGUGGGCCCGGUUACUACAACAGCCGACCGGCUUCGACGAUGUAUCCGAACCGUCAAGACGGCAGCCAGCAUGAUCUAAGGCAAGCACCACGGGACACAUACUAUGACCACCAGUCAGGAUACAACACCGGGUAUUCGUCGCCGCCUCAGAACCAAGGCCGACGUCGUGAUCCCAGGAUCAUGCCUAACGCACAGUUCUCUUCGCCAUACCAAUCGCCGAGCGCGAACGAUUACCCGAUCCCGAGUAACCAUCGCUCGUACGAGACCGUGGCCUCGGCCUCCGGUAGUGGCUCAUCAGAUCCAGUGGGGUAUCAGACCGACCCGACAAGUAGUGACAACAGCUCGAUCGAACGAGCUCAAGCCGGACCGGUUUCCAAGCGACCGUCGGAACCAGCAAAUGAUUAUGGAAUAGGAUUCAGCCAGAAUACCGAAUAUUCACCUUCGGCCUUCACAGUCGGCUAUAACGGGAAACCUGCUAUGGGCAUGAACGGCGGCGGAGCAAACAACUACCAGGCGAACGGCACAUCCGGCUUCGCCAACAACAACCCCAACAGCUUCAGUCAGGGAAACCCCAGCGUUGCACCUGUCGCAGCGCCUGCUCCGCCCCAGAAAGACACCCGGACACUACAGAAGAAAGCGACGAACGAUACCAUUCAACCAGAAAGGCCAGGUGCCCCAGAGAAGCGCAAGAGUUGGUUUUCGCGCAAGCUGAAGAAAUAG